ACUUUGGUCCACUCCACUGAGCCCACUGCACCUUCGAUCGAUCCACGGCCACGCAUGCUAUGCAUCGGCACCAGCUCGCAGGCGAGGUGCACCUCCAGUAUUUCAUGCCCCGGCAGGACGCAGCCGAUCGCCCGGACUCUUCUGCCAGCUGCACCUCCCCCGCUGCUUCUUCACCGGCCGUCGCCAUGUGGGAGUAUCACCAGGCGCAUGCGGCCUUGCAGCAGCCUCCCGCCCCCUCCUGGAGCUCCUACGCCGGGACGUCUACGGCAGCGCUUCUCGACGGCUCGGCUUUCGCUGCCGACUCCGUGGCGGCAGCCGACAUGCGCCUGCCCAUCGGCGAGCACGUCCACGGCCAUGCCUGGAGCCACGGCGAACUAAGCAACAGCACCGGGUACAAGGAGAACUUCCUGGACCUGCUGGCUUCGAAGAACGUGACGCCGGAGAUGUUCGAGGACGUCCCAGGCAGCCGUUAUGCCGCACCAGCUGGCUCCGACCUUUCGCCGAUGAAGUACGAGGUCGCCGGCUCGCCGCUGUUCUUGGGGAGUGGUUCUAAUGCUGCGCUUGAGGCUCCGGGGAUGAACAUGAUGAGUUGCAUGCCAUGCUACGCCGCCGACGGCCACCAUCAGGUGAAGGAAGGCAGCAACCACCACCAGCAGCAAGAGCAUGCAAACCCCAUGGCCUCCUUUCUGCAGCAAAUUAGUACUCGCACUAGUGCUGGCAUGCACGCCAGCCUCGAUUAUUCAGGCUUAGGAGCGCUUAACAAGAUUUGCCAGGAGAGCCGAGACACGGAGUCUAGUCCCUUCGGCAUGAGGAGUCUGCCAGAUUUUGGCUCUUUCGGAGAUUACAGAUCAACCAAAGAGCCGAUGUCGGUGCAACCAUAUGCGAGAUGUGCUGAUCGGUCUGACAGCGCUAGACAAGAGCAGGAGAUUGUAUCAGCAAGGAGUAGUAGCAGCGGAGCGGCAAGUGAUCGCAAGAAGCGGCCAUCAGAGGAAAGGCGGGAAAGCACCGUCAAGAAGUCUAAGCAAGAGGCGUCCACAGCAUCACCUCCCAAGCAACAAGUUCCUAAAGUGAAGCUGGGGGAGAAGAUCACAGCACUGCAGCAAAUCGUUUCACCGUUUGGGAAGACGGAUACAGCAUCGGUGCUGUUUGAAACGAUCAAGUAUGUCAAGUUUCUGCACGAGCAAGUACAGCUGCUAAGUGAGCCAUACACUAACGCGAGCAGGAACAAGGGCUGUAACAACGUCCCGUGGGGAGAUCAUGCAGCAGAGACGAGCAGGGGAGAGGGGGAGCCCCAUGGGCUGAGGGGGAGAGGGCUCUGCUUGGUCCCUGUCUCGUGGACCCCCGAAGUGUACCGGGAUGGCACGGCGAUGGACUACUGGACGCCGGCCUACAGGGGUUGCCUGUACCGGUGAUGCAUGCCUACCUAACUGAUGUGUAGCUGCCAAGUGCUAGCUUUUAUGUGUAGUUCUGCCGUGGGCCGAUCGACGGCGAUCGUCCGCUCUGCCGUGGCCGAUCGACGGCGAUCGUCCCGGACAAGUUAUCCAGGACGUAUCACGACAACUGGUGACCUCUGGCGCUUAUGGUGCUAGUUUAUGUUUUUGUAGGUUGCAAUUCGUUUGCUUUGCACUUUCUAAGCUUGUUGAUCUGUAACGUCUGCUGUUGCAGAGAGCGCCUGAAUCGACUCUAAUUAAUUAGUUGCUGACAUUUUCCAGCUAAUGCUGCGGUUGCACAGCAGAGUUAGUACAUGUUUAAGUUUGCUGUUGAGUCGGGGGUGUGCAAAAUUGGCUGUUGAACCUGACCAAGAAUUUGACUGAA